AUGGCCCCUAUCCUUAAACUCAGAUGGGUGGUGCGUUGGCUGCUGACGGUGGCAGCAUGGGGCGCGCUCUGCGGUGGUGGGCGCGCGCACACACCGUCGCUCUCACCUGCCAUAACGCCGCCCUGUCCGACACACUGCAUCUGUUUAUCGCAGUCGCAGGUGGUGUGCAACAGUGCCACUUUACGAGGGGUGCCAUCGGCGUUGAGUCCCAGUGUGACGCAGUUGUCGCUAUCACGCGCUGAUCUUCGUGUGCUACGCUCCGAUGCCUUUGCGCACUUGCGACAGCUACGAAGACUCGCACUCGAUGCUUGCAACCUUACGCGCAUUCGCCCAUUUGCAUUUCGAGGUUUGCCCCGUCUUCGCGAGCUCUACAUACAGCAUACUCCGCUCGCAACUGUUGACGCUUUCGCGUUUGCAGCUCUACAGAAUAUCACAUCAAUCGUUCUUACCCACAAUAGAAUCGCUCAAAUAGAGGGAUAUGCUUUUGCUGGGACUAAUUUUAUAAAACUAAUAUCCCUAAGAUACAAUCCUAUUAAACGUAUACUAGCGCAUGCCUUCUCUGGCCUCAAUGAUGUUGCGCAGAUAGAACUUCCAUCAGGAAUAAGAUCCAUCGAGCCACUAGCUUUUGCAGGACUUGAAGGAGUUGGCGUACUGGAGCUUGCAUACAUGGAUUUACCAGCAGUAUUACAAGAUACUUUCCGUGGUCUAGUACGCGUGGGCCGCCUCGCUCUGCGUGAGUCUGAUCUCGGGGUAAUGCGAAUUGGAGCGUUUGAUGGACUACAUCGUGUUGAUACAUUAGAAAUAUGCAACAAUAAAGUUGAUGGCAUUGAAGAACUAUCUCUAGUCCAGAACAAUAGUGUCAAUACAUUCAAACUAACUGGAAAUCACAUGCUGGAGACGCCAGAAGCAGUUAUUUUAGAAGUGGACAAUAUAGUGAUACGUGGUAAUCACUUGCCAUGUGAGUGCGGUCGUGAUCCCUUGGUCAAUCCCUUAGCACUUACACAAGAUUUCGCGGAAGAGAACUUUUGUAUCUCACCAUUAAAAGUACGCGGGCGUAGUUUAGGCAGUGUGGGGGCGGGUGGUGCAGGUUGUCGCGGUGAAGCGGGUGGCAGUGCCCGUGCUCGUGCUGCGGCGGGUGCUUGUCGCACCAGCAACAUACUCUUCACGCGGCAAUUGGCUCUCAUAACUGCCACUCUGGUAUUUCUCGCGAGUAGCUAA